AUGCGAAUUGAAGCUGGUGAUCAGUAUCUCCAAAACCAUAUCGAAAAGGGCAAGCGAAAUGCCAUCUACACAUCUCCGCAAAUUCAGAAUGAAAUCAUCAAUAUAAGUGGAACAGUAAUCAAAGAUUGUAUUAUUAAUGAUGUUAAAAAGGCUGUAGCUUUCAGUAUAAUGGCAGACGAGACCGCUGAUAUCUCAGGAACAGAGCAAUUGUCUAUUGGGAUUAGAUUUUUUGAUGAUGAGAAAAGGGCUAUCAGAGAAGAAUUUUUAGGACUAGAACUUCUAGAAAAUAGUAGGUAA